CGCAGGAGGUCAUCGCCUACCGGAAAGACGUCAAGGAGCUGAUCCGCCAGCUUGGCGACACCGGCCACGGUCUGCGCGAGCUCGGCGUGGCGCCCUCGCGGGAGGCCGACAAGGCGGCUUUAGCACCUGCAGCACAUGAAGCGGAUGCUGGCGCAGCUUGUCAGGCUGCGCGACAUCCAGGUGUUCGAAACCAACGAGAUCAGCGUGUUGGAGCGCGCGCGAGCGAAGCUGAUGCGGCACUCGGAGAUCCGCGAGCUCCUGAAGUCGGGGGACAAGCAGAAGAUCGGGGAGGAGUUCCAGAGGCUGCGGAGGAGCACGAUCGAGCUCCGCGCGGACAUCAAGGAAAUGGAGGCCGCGACCUCGUCGCAGCUGCAGAGCAUCACCGACAUCGUCGGGAAGCUGCGGGUCCACAAGGCCGAGGUCGUCACCGCCGAGUCCGGCCUCCUCCGCGAGGCCCUCUUCGCGGUGAAGGACAAGGAGGAG